CGUGCCCCGCGUCGCGCUCCCCCGGGAUGGCCCGCGCGCCUCGGCGCUGCCUCUCGGAGCACACGGCGGAGCGGCGGCGGCCUCGCUCGGGGGGCGCGCGGCUGCGGCGGCGGCGGCGCGGCGCGUGAGGGGCCGCUUCGGGCUGAGCGGGCGCCGCGAGUCGCCCGGCGAGCGCAGCCAACAUGUCGGAUACCAAGGUAAAAGUUGCAGUCCGGGUCCGGCCCAUGAACCGACGAGAACUGGAACUGAACACCAAGUGCGUGGUGGAGAUGGAAGGGAAUCAAACGGUCCUGCACCCUCCUCCUUCUAACACCAAACAGGGAGAAAGGAAACCUCCCAAGGUAUUUGCCUUUGAUUAUUGCUUUUGGUCCAUGGAUGAAUCUAACACUGCAAAAUAUGCUGGUCAAGAAGUGGUUUUCAAGUGCCUUGGGGAAGGAAUUCUUGAAAAAGCCUUUCAGGGGUAUAAUGCUUGUAUUUUUGCAUAUGGACAAACAGGUUCAGGAAAAUCCUUCUCCAUGAUGGGCCAUGCUGAGCAGCUGGGCCUUAUUCCAAGGCUCUGCUGUGCUUUAUUUAAAAGGAUCUCUUUGGAGCAAAAUGAAUCACAGACCUUUAAAGUCGAAGUGUCCUAUAUGGAAAUUUAUAAUGAGAAAGUUCGAGAUCUUUUAGACCCCAAAGGGAGCAGACAGUCUCUUAAAGUUCGAGAGCAUAAAGUUUUGGGACCAUAUGUAGAUGGUUUAUCUCAAUUAGCUGUCACUAGUUUUGAGGAUAUCGAGUCACUGAUGUCUGAGGGAAAUAAGUCUCGGACAGUAGCUGCAACCAACAUGAAUGAAGAAAGCAGCCGCUCCCAUGCUGUGUUCAACAUCAUAAUCACCCAGACGCUAUAUGACCUUCAGUCUGGGAACUCGGGAGAGAAAGUCAGUAAGGUCAGCUUGGUAGACCUGGCGGGUAGUGAGAGAGUGUCUAAAACAGGAGCCGCGGGAGAGCGACUGAAAGAAGGCAGCAACAUUAACAAAUCACUUACAACCUUGGGGCUGGUUAUAUCAUCACUGGCUGACCAGGCAGCUGGCAAGGGUAAAAACAAAUUUGUGCCUUAUCGAGAUUCAGUCCUCACUUGGCUUCUUAAGGACAAUUUGGGGGGCAACAGCCAGACCUCUAUGAUAGCCACCAUUAGUCCAGCAGCAGACAACUAUGAAGAGACCCUUUCCACAUUAAGAUACGCAGACCGGGCCAAAAGGAUCGUGAACCAUGCUGUUGUGAAUGAGGACCCCAAUGCAAAAGUCAUCCGAGAACUGCGAGAGGAAGUGGAAAAACUGAGAGAGCAGCUCUCGCAGGCCGAGGCUAUGAAGGCCCCUGAACUGAAGGAGAAGCUUGAAGAGUCUGAAAAGCUGAUAAAAGAACUAACAGUGACUUGGGAAGAGAAGUUGAGGAAAACAGAAGAGAUCGCACAGGAGAGGCAACGACAACUUGAAAGCAUGGGGAUUUCCCUGGAGAUGUCUGGCAUCAAGGUGGGGGAUGACAAAUGCUACUUAGUCAACCUGAAUGCAGACCCUGCACUCAAUGAACUUCUGGUUUAUUAUUUAAAGGAUCACACCAGGGUGGGUGCAGAUACCUCUCAGGAUAUCCAGCUCUUCGGUAUAGGGAUUCAGCCUGAGCACUGUGAGAUUGACAUAGCAUCCGAUGGAGACGUCACUCUCACUCCAAAGGAAAAUGCGAGGUCUUGUGUAAAUGGCACCCUUGUGUGCAGUACCACCCAGCUGUGGCACGGCGAUAGAAUCCUGUGGGGAAAUAACCACUUUUUUAGAAUUAAUCUACCUAAGAGGAAACGUCGAGAUUGGUUGAAAGACUUUGAAAAGGAAACGGGCCCACCAGAACAUGACCUGGACGCAGCCAGCGAGGCUUCCUCUGAACCAGACUAUAACUAUGAAUUUGCACAGAUGGAAGUUAUCAUGAAAACACUGAAUAGUAAUGGUGGCUUCCCGAUAAUAAGCCUGUCCGCCUGGUGGUCGUCCCCGUGGUGGUCUUACUUGAAGAUCCUCUUCCCUCUCAUGUGGUUUCAGAUGAAGCUGCUCCACAAACACUGGGAUAAAGACCCAGUUCAAAAUGUGGUUCAGGUCCUGGAGAAACAAUACCUAGAAGAAAAGAGAAGUGCCCUGGAGGAGCAGCGGCUCAUGUAUGAGCGGGAGCUGGAACAUCUCCGCCAGCAGCUGUCCCCGGAGAGGCAGCCGCAGAGUAGCAGCCCUGACCGUCUGGCCUACAGCAGCCAGACAGCACAGCAGAAGGUGACCCAGUGGGCAGAGGAGAGGGACGAACUCUUCCGACAAAGCCUGGCAAAGCUGCGAGAGCAGCUCGUGAAAGCGAACACCUUGGUGAGGGAAGCGAACUUCUUAGCUGAAGAAAUGAGCAAGCUUACUGAUUACCAAGUGACUCUUCAGAUCCCUGCCACAAACCUCAGUGCCAAUAGAAAGAGAGGUGCAAUAGUGAGUGAGCCAGCCAUCCAAGUGAGAAGGAAAGGGAAGAGCACCCAAGUUUGGACCAUUGAGAAGCUGGAGAAUAAAUUAAUUGAUAUGAGAGACCUUUAUCAAGAAUGGAAGGAAAAAGUUCCUGAGGCAAAGAGACUCUACGGGAAACGGGGUGACCCUUUCUAUGAAGCCCAAGAGAAUCACAACCUCAUUGGGGUGGCUAAUGUGUUCUUGGAAUGCCUCUUCUGUGAUGUGAAACUUCAGUAUGCAGUUCCUAUCAUCAGCCAGCAGGGGGAGGUGGCAGGGCGUCUCCAUGUGGAAGUGAUGCGAGUUACAGGAGCUGUUCCAGAGCGUGUGGUGGAGGAUGACUCUUCAGAGAACUCCAGUGAAAGUGGGAGCCUUGAGGUCGUAGAUAGCAGCGGGGAAAUCAUUCACCGAGUCAAAAAACUGACAUGCCGGGUAAAAAUUAAAGAGGCUACUGGGCUGCCCCUAAACCUCUCCAAUUUCGUCUUCUGUCAAUAUACAUUCUGGGACCAGUGUGAGUCUACGGUGGCUGCCCCCGUGGUAGACCCAGAGGUGCCUUCACCACAGUCCAAGGAUGCCCAGUACACAGUGACCUUCUCCCACUGUAAGGACUAUGUGGUGAAUGUAACAGAAGAAUUCUUGGAGUUCAUUUCAGAUGGAGCACUGGCAAUUGAAGUGUGGGGCCACCGCUGUGCUGGAAAUGGUAGCUCCAUCUGGGAGGUUGAUUCUCUUCACGCUAAGACAAGAACACUGCAUGACAGGUGGAACGAGGUGACUCGAAGAAUAGAAAUGUGGAUCUCCAUAUUAGAAUUGAAUGAGUUAGGGGAGUAUGCUGCAGUGGAACUUCACCAGGCAAAAGAUGUCAACACGGGAGGCAUCUUCCAACUCAGACAGGGUCAUUCCCGUAGAGUGCAAGUCACAGUAAAACCCGUCCAGCAGUCAGGGACACUGCCACUGAUGGUUGAAGCCAUCUUGUCAGUAUCCAUCGGCUGCGUAACUGCCAGGUCCACCAAACUCCAAAGAGGACUGGACAGCUACCAGAGAGAUGAUGAGGAUGGUGAUGAUAUGGAUAGUUAUCAGGAAGAAGACUUAAACUGUGUAAGAGAGAGGUGGUCAGAUGCACUCAUUAAACGACGAGAAUACUUGGAUGAACAGAUUAAAAAAGUCAAUAAUAAAAAAGAGAAGACAGAGGAUGAUGUGGAGCGAGAAGCCCGGCUGGUGGAGCAGUGGGUGGGGCUGACCGAGGAGAGGAAUGCAGUGCUGGUGCCAGCCCCAGGCAGCGGCAUCCCUGGGGCCCCUGCUGACUGGAUCCCUCCUCCUGGAAUGGAAACUCACAUACCAGUUCUCUUCCUCAAUUUGAAUGCGGAUGACCUCAGUGCCAAUGAGCAGCUUAUUGGCCCCCAUGCGUCAGGUGUGAACUCCAUCCUGCCCAAGGAGCAUGGCAGCCAGUUUUUCUACCUGCCCAUCAUAAAGCACAGUGAUGAUGAGGUUUCAGCCAUAGCCUCCUGGGACUCCUCCGUGCAUGAUUCUGUUCACUUGAAUAGGAUCACACCACAGAAUGAAAGAAUUUACCUGAUCGUGAAAACGACAGUCCAGCUCAGUCACCCGGCUGCGAUGGAGUUAGUAUUACGAAAACGCAUUGCAGCCAAUAUUUACAACAAACAGAGUUUCACACAGAGUUUGAAGAGGAGAAUAUCAUUGAAAAAUAUAUUUUAUUCCUGUGGUGUAACCUAUGAAAUAGUGUCCAAUAUACCAAAGGCAACUGAGGAGAUAGAAGACCGGGAAACGCUGGCUCUGCUGGCAGCAAGGAGUGAAAAUGAAGGCACAUCGGAUGGGGAGACAUACAUUGAGAAGUACACUCGUGGCGUGCUGCAGGUGGAAAACAUUCUGAGUCUUGAACGGCUCCGGCAGGCCGUCACCGUCAAAGAAGCACUUUCCACCAAAGCCCGUCACAUCCGGAGGAGCCUAAGUACACCAAAUGUCCAUAAUGUCUCUUCCAGUCGAACAGACCUUUCUGGCUUUGAUGAAGAUGAUAAGGGCUGGCUGGAGAACCAGUUAGACAUGUCUGACUACAGCUCCAGUUACCAAGAUGUAGCAUGUUAUGGAACUUUACCCAGAGACUCACCUCGAAGGAGUAAAGAAGGUAGUGGCUGUACGUCAGAGAAUCCUCAUGCCUUAACCGUCAGCCCUUUUAAAGCAUUCUCUCCUCAGCCGCCAAAGUUUUUCAAACCCCUCAUGCCUGUAAGAGAGGAGCAUAAGAAGAGGAUAGCCCUUGAAGCAAGGCCUCUUCUAAGCCAGGAGAGCAUGCCUCCACCUCAGGCACAUAACCCUGGCUGCAUUGUACCCUCGGGAAGCAAUGGCAGCAGCAUGCCAGUAGAACACAAUAGCAAACCUGAGAAGAAGAUUAUUCUGAAGUUAACCUACCUAGAAGAAUUGCAUUUACUUGGAGACUCUGAGGAAGAAGAAAAUGAGCUGGAAGUUAUUAACAGGAAGCUAAUAAACUCUCAGCCUUAUGUCCCUGUGGAGUUCGCUGACUUCAGUGUUUACAAUGCCAGCUUGGAGAACAGGGAAUGGUUUAAUUCUAAAGUAGAUUUGACAAACUUACGGGUCUUGGAGAAAGAAGUGUCCCGUAGCCCUACCACCAGCAGUAUUACCAGUGGCUACUUUUCCCACAGUGCCUCCAACGCCACGCUGUCUGACAUGGCGGUCCCUUCCAGUGACAGCUCUGAUCAGCUGGCCAUCCAGGCAAAGGACGCAGACUCCACUGAACACCCUGGACCAUCCCUGGGACAGGAUUUCAGACCAUCCUCAAACAGAGAGCUGACAGAGGUAGAAAGAGGCUUGGUAAAGGACAAGAUAAUCAUGGUGCCAUUCAAAGAAAACAGUGCCUUAGCUAAAGGGAGCACAUCAUCCCAGAGCAUUCCUGAGAAAAACUCCAAAAUGCUGUGCAGGACUGGGUCAUGUUCAGAACUAAACGCCUGCCCCAGCAAAAGUGGCCAGCCGGCCAAAGAAUUCUGCCCCGGGGAGGUGACGGUAGAACACACCACUAACAUCCUUGAGGACCAUUCUUUCACGGAGUUUAUGGGGGUGUCUGAUGGAAAAGAUUUUGAUGGUUUGACAGAUUCUUCUUCUGGAGAGCUUUCAAGUAGGAAGAACGUGCCGAAUAAAAUGGACAGCAAGAGUGUCUCAGAUGGGCCCCAGGACCCUGGCCAGCUGCAUUACAAGUUAGAGGAUGACAAGGGAGGCAUGACCCCACGGUGAAAGGCAGCAAGCACUUCCUCCUCAGGCCACCUUGGGAAAGCACCAGCCCAUCUUUAAAACAUGCUGCGGCCCAGCUGAACCUCAGACCAGAAGCUGGAGAAGCCAAGCCAUGCACUUCCUGGGCCACCUCCUUUCCCUUCCCCAGCGGGAGAAGGGGCACUUUGUCACUUGGGUGAAUCAGCAGCCUUUGCUUUUUUCGUAAAGCAAGAGAACUGUAAAUGCUGGAUUAACUAAGUGGCAGUAUUUUCAUUUGCACUUAUUACUACACACCUCCACUGUGUAGAAACCUCUGUAGAUUCAGACAGACUUUAUUCUUGUACAAUUUUAAUCAAUUCUUACUGUAGGAUCUGGAGUCAAUGCUCUAAUUUGUUUUUUUAUAAAUAAUAUAUAUUAUGUAUAUGAAAUGUGUAUAGUAUGUCUGUUCAGAGACAGACAUGGCUGCACACUAAAAUGUAGAUAAUGGUGAUUUGUAGAAAA